CAGGCCAGCCCACUACUCAACCCCGUGUUGUUUUCUUGAUUGAAGUCCAUAUUAUUUUUAGAGUCCAGCCCAACCCAACCCAACCCAAAUGGACACACCCCCAAGGGCGUAGCUUCGUUUCAGCCGAAGUGCGAAAUAUCCCAGAAGACUAAAAACCAGAAAACUUCGAUAACCUGAAAUGGCGGUUGCAGGGACCUCUCCGUCGUUGGAGAUUCUGAUCAGAGGACCAGAAGGCUAUGCUAUUUGGGACGGGCCACCUUUCCCGGAUGGUCAACCCGGUAUCAAGCUUGCUACAGUCCCCUGUACAAGUGCAAAGUUUAGUGAAGAUGGUUCGAAACUUAUGGUUGCGAAAUUAGGGUCGCUAAUUAGCGUGUAUGAUUGUAGAACCUUGAAGGAGAUUAGGGUUUUUGAAAUCCCCAAUUUGCUUGCUGGAGAAAUUUCCACCUGUGGAACUUACCUCCAGACCUUCCAGAAAUGCAUGUCCCCGCAGGACAAAAACGUGGUCUUAUGGAGGGUGGAGAGUGGCGAAUCUGUUUACAAGUCGUUUCAGAAGAACGUAACAAAAGCUACAUGGUUUGUCAUUGUCCUUCUAAUUAGGAUUCUGCUGAUUUUGAAAUCUGUGAUCUAAGUAUUGUGGAAUGUUUUCUUGGGAUGUGUUGUUUCUCGUGGUACGGUAGGCCGUGUGUGAGAUUUAGCUCUGAUGAAAUGGUUGCUUGCCGAUUGGCAACCAAUGAGAUGCAACUUUUUGAUGGUAGAGACUUCUCAAAAGGAAUCGUGCACCGGAUUCGAGUUCCUGGCAUAGCUGCACUAGAGCUUUCUAAGAGUCCCGGAUCUUUUGUGGCUGCAUUUGUUCCUGAAUCUAAGGUUUU